AUGCCAAUCUGUAUCGAAUGCCGCGCACCCGUCAAGACGCUGUACACCUCUUAUAGCAAAGCAGACGACCGCGCGCUCGGCAAAGGCGUCCGCCUUACACAAUGCCCGCGGUGCAAGCGCUUCGCAGACAAGUAUAUCGAGCAUGACUUUGUCGUCAUAUUCCUCGACUUGGUCCUUAUAAAGCCGCAGGUGUACCGCCAUCUCCUCUUCAACAAGCUCGGCCUCGAAGACGACCGCUUCGAUGUUAUUGAAUGGCAGCGCUCCAUCCUCCGCCUCGGCACCCUCCUCCUCCUAUUCGACGUCUACCUAACCUGGGCGCGCAUCGAAAAAGCCUCGUUCCCCUUGCCCGCCCCACCACCCUCCCCCUCUAUCAACAUUACCAACACAGCUCCCCCCCCCCUCCCUCCAUCAACCAUCCCCACACUCCCCCUCAUCCUCCAAUACCUCUUCUACCUCACCCUCGUCCUCCUCUCCACCCUAUCCUUCCAUCUACCCAUCCGACUCCUCUGCUCGAUCCCCCCAACCUCCCUCCCUUCCCCUCUGCGCUUUCUCCUCGCAUCUGCAUACUUCCCCGCCGGCAACGCGCUCUCCACCGCGCUGCUGGUCAGCUCCUGCACGAAGUUGUUCCCGAUCUUGUUGAUAAUCUGGGAGUACGACUUGCCGAGCGCGGCGGCGGCGGUGGGGUGGGCGGUUGCCGUCAACAAUGUUGCUGCGGUGGAGAUCUUGGUAGGGUGCGGAUGGCUUAGGGCUGGGAUGCUCGUUGGGAUCGGUGCGGCGUGUAGAGAGGUUGUGAGUCGGGCGGUUCUGGGGGCUGUGGGGUUGAGCGAAGGA